CGGUCGUUUGCGUAGGAAGUGGGAAGCGCGUGCUGCGAAAUGGAUGAGUUCUAGAUGAUAGUGCCUUCAAAUAGUGCGGCUGCUCUGGGCGAUUUAUUUAUGUGUCAUAAAAUUAAACGGCAAUUACGCGAUAAGCCACUGCUAAUAAAUAAGUGAAUGCGAAAUUUCUGUACGCCAUUUCCGAGUUCGCCUGCAAGAUCGAACGUUUCUGUCUUCUUUUUUUAUGUUACACUUCACGUCGAGGAUACGAAAAUAGCUACCGAGAAAAAUGUUUGCUUGUCGCUGAGCAGGAAAAUGGGAAAUGUGUCUGAAACAAAAAUAAAAUUAAAUAGCGCAAAAAUGCUGAAGUAGCAAAGUUACAAAAUAAAGCAAAAUAAAGUGAAAGAUUCGCAAGAGCAAAUGCAUAAAAAGUGUGUAAGAAAAAAAUCGAGCGGAAAUCGUAAAUGAUUUGAAGAAGAAAUAGCAAAAAAAAGAACAAUCAGUGCAGUGCAAAUAUAUAGAUUAUGAAUGAAAAUACAAAGAAAUAAGUGGCUGCUUCCCAAGAGGUUUUAUUAAAAGAGCAGAUUAAUUAUAUCCAAGUUCAAAGUCGAACGGAAUAAAAUGUGUGUUUAGUGAUCAUUGUGCGUUUAGUUCGUUGUUCAGUAUGCAAAUCGGAAAUUUUAUCAAAUGGCCUCUUGGCCUGCUACUCAUCAUGUUGGCCAUCCACUGCCAGGCGAAACGACAUCGAAAACGAUUGCAUCAGGGCUUCUCGAGUGCCAAGGAUCUGCAGGACUUUAGUCUUUCGCUCAACGAUAGUUCCUUCGAACAGCAGAAUGUUGUAUCCUGGACAGGAGUACGGAUUGCUCCUAGUCCUGAGAAGAAAAAGAAGUCAUCGCAAUCCUCGAGGCGACACAAAACCAAAAGUGGCCUGAUCAUUGAAAGUAACAUUGCCGCCGACUCGGAAUCGAUGUUGGCUAAUGCCUCCUCGGAAUCCGUCACCAAGAAAAAAUCGCCGCAGCGUCGUCGCAACGGAAAAUUGCAGAAAUCCGGAGGAGGUGGAGCCCUUCGAUUGCUAAAAUCGGAAGACUCGUACUCAUCAAGUGGCUCCGGAGGCCUCUAUCCACCGCUCUUCAAUGUGGUUUCCCGAGCUGAGAUCUCGGUGAAUGCGACAUGUGGCCAGAACGGAGCCGAGGAGUAUUGCAAACAAGUCGGAGCUAAGCCGUGCGGCAUCUGCAAUGCCCACUCCUCGGAUCGAGCCAAGCAGCGCUCCAUCCAGUCGCUGAUUUCGACGGGUUCCGGACUCGAAGAAGGCUGGUGGCAAUCACCAACGCUGCAGGGUGGCCGGCAGUUUGAGUACGUUACCAUCUUAUUGGAUCUGAAGCAGCCUUAUCAAAUAUUUUCGGUAUGGCUGAAAUCUGCCAACUCACCUCGACCAGCUUCAUGGAUUCUUGAGAAAUCCCUGGAUGGUAUAAACUUUGAACCUUGGCAAUACUUUGGCCUCAGCGAUGCAGAUUGCCAGAGACGUUGGAGCCUUUCCGGACAGAAUGGGAAAUAUGUUUUCCAAAACGACACCGAAGUUAUUUGCUCCACUCAGUUUUCCAAGCCAGGACCUCUUGAAAACGGAGUGCUUCAUGCUUCACUACUGAAAAAUCGACCAGGAGCCGCGGAUCAGAGUCCUGAGUUAAUGGAAUUCAUUACUACUCGCUAUAUAAGAAUUCGUUUGCAGGGAAUGCACUCCACUGCAAAUUUGGAUAAUAGUUUGGAUUGGCUGCUGGAUUCCCCUUCACUGGAGAAGCACAGCUUUUAUUCCCUUUCCCAGUUGAAAGUGAGUGCUCGUUUGGAUUGUCAUGGUCAUGCAAAUCGCUCCCAGGAAACGCCAGGAAGUCCUCUGCUGCAGUGCAUCUGCCAGCACAAUACUUGUGGAGAUCAGUGUGAACAGUGCUGUCCGCUCUUCCAGGAUCGAUCAUAUAGGCUGGGAGGAGAAUGUGAGAUAUGCCAGUGUAAUGGACACGCCGAGAGUUGCACCUAUGAUUCCUUCUUGGACAAAGGCAUCUGCCAAAGUUGCUUAAAUCACACAGCUGGCAAUGAGUGUGAGUUUUGUGAGAGUGGUUUCUUUAGAGAAUUGGAUGCUCCACUUACCGAUCCCUGUUUGCCUUGCUCUUGUAACCCAUCUCGAUCCACGGGAAACUGUGAACCAAAUGGAGGAAGCUGUUAUUGCUUGGAGGGAUUUCAGGGUAAAAACUGCGAGGAGUGUGCUCCUGGAUUCUAUGGAGAUGAAUGCAAGCGAUGUGAGUGCAAUGAAAGGGGAAGUCUUUCCUCUAUUGGAUCUUGUUCGGGAACCUGUCAAUGUAAACUCAAUGUGGAGGGCAGCACCUGCUCCGAAUGUGCACCGGGUUACUUUGAUCUGAGUGCAGAAAAUAAUGAAGGUUGCACCAGUUGUUGGUGCUCCGGUGUUUCCCAAACUUGUCACAGUGCUAAACUACAAACAAUGGCUUUCGAAACCCUAAAUGAUUGGAAGCUUACGGAUAUUCAACGAGUUAAACCAAUUUCAAUACCCGUCGAUGCCAAACAGAACCGAUUGAUUUUUGCCAACGAAUUGGAUGAAGUGGAGGCCAUUUACUGGCAGGCUCCAUUGGGUUAUUUGGGGAAUCGAUUGACCAGCUAUGGAGCCAGGUUGCAAUUGCUUUUAUCCUGGGUUGUAAUGAGAGGUGAUACCUCGGGAAAACCGACUACAGGACCUAAUGUUAUCUUAUUUGGAAAAAACGGAUUAAAGAUUGCUUUUGCGGAUGAAUCUUUGUCAGGAUUGGAGGUCAGCUUGAAUGUAACUCUUACAGAGGAGGGAUGGUAUCAUGUUCCUCCUACUGUUAAAGAUAUAAAAACCAGACUAAGAAGAACUGAGGGCGGAGAUUAUCACGGAGAAUCGGUGACCCGUUCCCAGUUCCUUUCCGUUUUGGUUUCCCUUGAUGCUGUGCUCAUCCGAGCAGCUUUUCACACCGAUCAAGUGGAAACUUCUUUAGAGAGAGCAGUCAUUUAUUCGGGAGGAGUUGAAUUGGGUGGUAAAUCCUCUACCCAAGUGGAACAAUGCCUUUGUCCAGCUGGCUAUACUGGUCUCUCUUGCGAGGGAUGCGCCUUUGGUUUCAAGCGAAUAUAUGAGAACACUUCGGAUCACCAAGUUUUGAGCAAGUGCAUCCCAUGUCCCUGCAAUGGACACUCAAAUUCCUGUGAUUUACAAAGCGGAAACUGCGGCGAUUGCAUGCACAACACCUACGGAGAUCGCUGUGAGCGUUGCCAGUUGGGUUACUACGGGAAUCCCCUGCAGGGAACCCCCAACGACUGCAAACGAUGUGCAUGUCCUUUGGUCGAGGAUUCAAACAACUUCUCGCCCAGCUGCCAGCUGAAGAGCUAUAACUACAUGGACUUGAAUCCGGAAUUUGAGUUAAUAGAGCACGCGGAAUACAUUUGCACACAGUGUCCGGAGGGUUAUACGGGUGAUCACUGCCAGGUGUGCGAUGAUGGUUACUUCGGCAAUCCCCGCCAGUUGGGGAGCAGCUGUCAGCGUUGCGAUUGCGCCGGAGGACCUUGUAAUGUGACCACAGGAGAAUGCAUCACAUGUCGUGGGAAUACCGAAGGUUGGCACUGCGAACGCUGCAAACUGGGCUACUGGGGUGAUCCCGCCGUGGGCUGUGAUCCCUGUCACUGCCAUUCCGAAGGAUCGGAAAGUGGCCUUUGCGAUAGCACCGAUGGUCAGUGCUUAUGUAAACCCCGCUACGCCGGUCAAAAGUGCGACGAAUGCGAUGUGGGCUUCUCCAAUGUGGAACUGCGCUGUCCAUCCUGCAAUUGCGAUCCUCUAGGAUCCCUCAACCCGGACAAAUGUGAUCCUCGCACGGGACAAUGUCAAUGCAAAGAGGGAGUAAUGGGUGCCAAGUGCCACGAAUGUCAGGAUGGAUACUUUGGAAUGAAUGCCGUGGCCGAUCGAAUUGAUGAUCUGGCUGCCUUGCGAGAAAACUCAGAUGAUGAUGACGACGUUUGGGAAUUGGUUCCAGAGGUUGAAGAUCCCAGUGGCGACUCAACGGUGGCCUGCGAGGAAUGUCACUGCAGUAGUGUUGGAUCUGUAACCUCCGAUUGCGAUAAGCGAACUGGACAAUGCGCCUGUCUUGCCAAUGUCACUGGAAGGAGGUGCGACAAGUGCCGAGCGGGUCACUGGAACCUCACGGCGGGCGAGGGUUGUCGGGACUGUCGCUGCGAUCCGCACGGGUCAAGGGGUCACGAGUGCAACCCGUGGACGGGUCAGUGCGACUGCAAGAUCGGCGUUGGAGGUCAGCACUGCAACGAGUGCACCGAGGGAUUCUACGGCUUCAGCAUCGAGGGAUGCCAGCGCUGCUCCGCCUGCAGAUCCGAGGGUCAAGUCUGCGAUCCGCACAAUGGUCGCUGCAUCUGCCCGAAGUUCACUCGAGGAUUGGGCUGUGGACAAUGUGUUCCGGGCACUUGGGGAUGGCAAGCGCGUUUGGGUUGCCGGGAAUGCCAGUGCGAUCACAUUGGCUCCAUUGGCCAGCAGUGCUCCACUUCGGAUGGUCAGUGCCAAUGCCGCGAAGGAUAUGCGGGCAGGAAUUGCGACUCCUGCGCCAUCGGUUACUUUGGCUAUCCGGAGUGCAGAAGAUGUGGUUGCGAUCCCGAGGGUUCCUUCACCCAGUCAGAUGGCUCCAUUGCCUGCGAUUCGAAUGGCCAGUGUCCUUGCAAAUCCUUGGUAGUGGGUUUGAAAUGUGACACCUGCAUGCAGAGCACCUUCGGAUUAUCAUCUUUAAACCCCGAAGGUUGCACUCGCUGCUUCUGUUUCGGGAGAUCCGGUGAAUGUGAGCAGAGUGAUCUAUCCUGGGGUCACAUUCGCAUGGCGGAGUCAAGGAAUCUUAGCAUCCAACAGAUAAGACCACUGCAUGUUCCCAGUUCGGAUUACGAGUACAUUGUGGUGGUUCAAAUGGAGGGCAGUAGUUUCCAUCGCGAAGAUGCGGAAAUCCAGCGCAUGAACGAUCUGAGUUUGGUGCCCAAAUCCACGGGAAAUGUAUCCAUUGGAGCCUAUGGACAGUUUUACCAUCCGCUGUACUUCCAACUGCCACCUCAGUUUUACGGAGAUCGAACUAGCAGUUAUGGUGGCUUUCUCUACUUCACUCUGAUCACCGAGGGUGCCCACAAACCCUUGGAGCGAAAUGUUUUGGGCCAGUAUCCCCUGGUGCAGUUGCAUGCCCACUCCAAAUUGUUGCUGGAUUUCUAUGAGUACGAGGAGUUUGAAUACUCCCUGAAUGUUACCCAUCGUGUGCCGUUGCAUGAGUCCUUUUGGAAGUAUCAUCACACCAGUCAGGCUGUAGAUCGAAAUACUCUAAUGGCUGCUCUUCAAAAUAUUCGACACAUCUUUAUCCGUGCUUUUGCCUUCGCCGAUUUCCAGGAAGUUGUUCUGCAAAAUGUUCACAUGGAUGCAGCAAUCUAUAUUCAGGGCUCCACCAAUAUGAUAGCCAAAGGUGUUGAACGUUGUAGAUGCCCUAAACGAUUUUCUGGGCUUUCAUGUCAGGAUCCUGGCAGAUCCUUCUACCGUUGGCGCAACACCACUGUUGUGGAGAGUGUUUUCAUUGAGGAUCUGAUAGGAAGAUCAGCUCCUUGUCAUUGCAAUGGUCGAAGCAGCGAUUGCGAUCGGGAAACUGGAGUUUGUCAGAACUGUCGAGGUAACAGCGGUGGUGAUCACUGUCAUCAAUGUGCAGAGGGUUUCUACGGGGAUCCCAACUCCCCUCAUGGUUGUCAAGCUUGUCCUUGUCCGGAAACCAAUAGGAACUUUGCCCGAGGCUGUAAUGUUUGGGAUGGAGAAGUCAGUUGUGCCUGCAAGCCGGGUUACACGGGAAGAUUGUGUGAACGCUGCCAACCAGGAUAUUUUGGAGAUCCCAUGAAGUAUCCAAAUACCACUUGCCAACCAUGCAAUUGCCAUCCGGAUGGAAUUCGAACGGAGGGUUGCGAUAUAGAGACUGGAAGAUGUUAUUGCAGGGAGGGAGUCACAGGAUUGAAAUGCGAUAAAUGUAAAGCGGACCGUCAUCACUUGGUGGAUAAUGGAUGCAGAGUCUGCGACAAUUGCACCCUUUUGCUUCUGGACUACGUGGAAUUGGUGGGUCACAAGCUGCGUCGCGGAAUGCACAACAUGGAUUUGACUGGAAUUCCUGCACCAUAUCGCAAAUUGUCGGAAUAUGAAACUGGUUACGAUGAGUGGAAUGCACGCCACUGGGACUUUAGUGAAACCAAACGACGUCUUCAGAAUUAUGACUCUGCUGAUAUCCUGAAACUCGAAGCUCAUGCCGAGAAUCUAAAGUUUCAAACUCGCAAAGCAGUGGCAACCAUUGGAAAACGAGAGUUUGCUAUUAAAUCCAUGAGGGAAGAUGCGGUGGUUCAACAACAUGAUGUUGGCUUGGUUCGAGCGGAGAUCUUGCAAACCCUUUCCGAUUUAAGGAGCUAUGGAAAGAGUCCGCGGCAUCUCAGUUUGCCAACUGCCCUUAAACAAGCUCGUUUCUACUUGCAAUCCAUUAUUGAACACGAUAGAAUGGUUCAGGGAAUUCGCAGCACCAACGAUUGCGCCUGGCGUCACUUUUAUGCCAUGGGAAAUGCCUCGGAUGCAGCUUUCGAUGAAAGUGGUCGACUGGAGAUGCUCUGGCGUGAUCUGAAUCAGACGAAUCAUCGGGUGGUGGACAUCCGACUGCAAGUGGAUCGAGUUCAGGAAGUGGAAAACGAAGCAGAAGAUGUCCUCGAACACGUACGCAACUUGAGUAUCCAUGUGGGUGAAUCUCACCAGGAGUUGAACGAUCUAAACCAAAAAAUUUCGGAACACCUGGAUCCUGGUUACCUAGAACAAGGUGAAGGUUUGGUAAGGCUCACAAACCAGCGGCAACUGUUGCUCAACGGUCACCUCAAUCAACUGGAUGGCGCAAGAGUACUACUCAAUACCACUUUAGAAGUAAAAUCUGAGCAGCAAAGGGAAGUUCGAAAGCAUUGGCUGCCAAAAGCAGAAAAACAUGCAAGUCACCUGCUAGCAAGAUCGAAUGAAUAUGCUCGCCAGUUCCAACCCACAAGAAAUGGAGCUCGAAUUGCCAUGUUGGCCAGUUCCGCCCACAGCAAUAUAACCAAAGCCAUCAAUGAUGCUCGACAAGCUUCGAUUUUGGCCAGGGAGCGAGUGUACGAGGCCCAAAGGACACUGUAUCCCAGCGAUGGCAGCUCUAUGAUCGAUCGAGCCAAGCAUUCGUUGCACAGAUCAAGGCAACUCCAGCAGGAAGCUCUCAAGCAGAUGCACAAAUCCAAUGUUUUGAAGGAAAAACUAUAUCAACAGGAGCAGCAAGUGGAGGGCAUCAAGGCCACCAUUUUUGAUUCCGGUCUGCGCACAAACAACAUUUCAGGACAAAUGCAGGGUCUCUCGGAAGGAUCAGCUCGUCGACAGGCGAAGGAGAGUUUGGAAUUGGCCGAAAGAACUGGGGAACAAAUGCGAGCCGAACUGCGAUUGGCUAAGGAAAUGCAGGAAUCCAUUCGGAACAUGCGGAAUUCCUUCUCCAAUUUAGAACCCGACUGGGAAAUUAAACUGGGAAUGGCUCAGGAAAAUAUAUCUCUUACACAAACCAACUUGCGAUUGGCCAAUGUUUCUUUGAGUUAUUUGGAACAGCAGGCGGAAAAGGAGCAACAGGUAUUUGAGGUUUGGAACAACAGCAUGGCUCAGCAAUUGCAGCAGCUCAGAGAUCAGAUUGCCAAGGCCAGACAUGCAGCAGAAUCGAUCGAUGUCUCCCUGGAAUCCCUGGGUCCCAAAUGCAGUCGUUCCUAUUUACCCGCUUCAUAUGGUUUAAGCACCUCUAAUAAAAUCCGAAUAAGCUUCGCUUUAUCCAAUCACCUGGAGAGUUCACCUUUGAUCCACUUGGCAAGCAGCGAGGGACGUCACAUCACUCUGGAGCUCUACAAACGCCACGUUCGCCUGGUGUGGAAUCUUGGAGGCACCACUGCCACCAUAACUCAUCCCAUGGUGGUGCAAACCCGCGAUCCCAAGUACGAUGAUGCCUGGUAUCACGUGGAAGCCAAUAGAACCCUCAAUUUGGGCAGUCUGAUGGUGCGUCGGAUGAACAACUACGGUGAGCUGACCCCGGCGAUUCCAGUCACCAUCACUGGAUCCACGGAUACGGAGCACACUCGCUUCUAUCAAUCCCGAAACGAUCGGAUAUCUUUGGGAGGUUUUGCUUCAAAGGAUUUACAAUUCACUCCAGGACUCAAUGUGGUGGUGCAUCAGGUGGAAGUGGAUAAUAAGCCACUGGGUCUGUGGAACUUUGUGAAGAGCGAGGGAAGCUGUGGUGGAUCCAUGGUUGGAGCUAAGGAGUCAUCCGCUUCAUCUACUGCUCGCCACUUCAAUGGAUUGGGUUAUGCCCAGUUGAUGAAAACUAGACCGCGACCCACUCGAAAGAAUUUGUUCUCUGUGCAGAUGACUUUCCGCACGCUUGAUGAAAAUGCACUGCUCUUUUUAGCGGUUGAUGACAAGAACAACCGCUCGGUUUCGGUAACUUUGAGCCGCGGUCGCAUAAUGUUCCGCAUUGAUUAUGGCGACGAUUCCAAGCUGGAGAUCAACACCACCAAAAAGUACAAUGUGGGUCAGUGGAUCAAAAUCGAGGCGGCGCGGGAGUUCUCUGCCAAGCGAAGUACUGAAAACGGAAUGCUUCGAGUAAAUAACGAUCGACCAAUUUCUGGAGCACCCACUUUGCCAGUAAACAUUCACCUGCUGCCGGAUCUUUCCAAGGCAGUCUACUAUUUGGGAGGUGUUCCACCAGGUUUCACUUCUGGCACCUCAAAAGCCCCGGGAGCUGAUAAUCCCUUCUUGGGCUGCAUGAAGGAUGUCCAGGUGAACGGAGAGACCUACGAUCCGCUGGAGAGUUCAAGCUACUAUGGCGUGGAGCCUUCCUGCAAGGACAUGAUCAGCAAGGCUGGUUUUUCGGGUAAUGGUUACUUGGAACUGCCAUCGCAAUCCCUGCGAAAGCGUUCCAAUACCGCUUUGGUGUUCCGUACUCUACAACCCGACUGCCUUUUGCUCCUGGCCGCCUAUCCGCCUGAAAUUCUGGCUGACUACGAUGCCAAGGACAUUAAGGGCAACUUCUCAAUCAGCCUGGUUGAUGGGCAACUCCAUGUGUGGGUCAAUUCAGGUCGCAGUUUCAUCAAGAUGUCCUCGAACUCCAGUCAAAUGAACGAUGGCGAGUUCCAUGUGGUGAAUCUUAUCAAGACGGGUCGCAAACUGGAACUGAUGGUGGAUGAUGAGCUGCAGGAGGCUCGUAACCUGAACGGCAAUCCCACGGUGAUCAGUCUUCCAAGGGAUGCAGGUGGACUUUACAUUGGAGGAGCUCCGCCACAUGAGAGCUACACUCCUUUGGCUCCAACUUUUGUGAAUCUGGAAGGAGCCAUUCGGGAUGUGGUGUUCAACAAUCGAACGAUGAACUUCAACGAUGCCUUGACCUUUGCCAACGUUCAGAUCGGAAGAAAUGGUCCGCUGAUGGGAAGUCUGAAGGGAGGACUCUACGAUGUCCUGCUGAAAACGGAGCCCAUGAUUGGCAAGAGUUUCACAGCCUCGCCUGAGGGAUGCAAGCGGAUCGGCAGCUACUCCUACGAACCGAAUGCCUUCAAGUUCGGAGACGAUUUCUACAGCUAUUCCCAGCUGAAAUUGCCGGAGCGUCACUUUUGGCAGCGCAACUUCCACCUGAGCUUCGACUUCCGUUCGUUUUAUCCCAAUGGAAUGCUCUACUUAUCUCCAGGAAGCAAGGAGAAACCCAAGCACUAUGUGGCUCUCAUUCUCAAGGAUGGUCAACUGGUUCUGGUGGUGCGAGGACGUCGGAGGGAAGAGCUUCAACUCACCGCCAAGUUGAACGAUGGCGAAUGGCAUCGAGUGACGAUAAGUUGUCAGGAUAGGAAGGUCACCAUGUCCGUGGAAAUCGGGAGAACCGACCAGAAGACUUCUGCUCAAAUGAAGCUGCCCAAGAAGAUCGGCGCCUCGCAGUUGCUACUUGUUGGUGGUUUACCCCAAUCGCCAGUUAAGGUCUCCUCGGAUUUGUAUGUCCGAUUGGAGCCUUUUAAGGGUUGUCUCCGCCGAGUCAGCAUCAACAACAACACCCAGGAUUUGGCCAGACCCGGUAAACACUCCAAUGUGGGUCAGUGUUUCCCCACAGUGGAAAGAGGCAGCUAUUUCCCCGGAGAUGCCUAUGCCAUUUAUAAGAAAAACUUUAAUGUGGGCAAGUACCUGGACUUGGAAACGGAAUUCAGAACUUCGGAAUUAUCGGGUAUUCUGCUGAGUGUCUCUGAUCCAAAUGGAUUCCCAGCACUUUCACUGGAGCUACAUAAUGGCAAUAUAAUAUUCUCCUGCGACCUGGGCAAUGGAGUGCCUCUGCGAGUGGAAUCCUCACUGCCCACAAAGUAUGCCCUGUGUGACAAUAAAUGGCACAAUAUUUCAGCACUUUUCGACGGCGAGCAGAUUGUUCUGCGCAUUGAUCAGUUGCCUGCUGUUAUAAGUCUAGGAAACCAGCAGAAUGUUGGGAAGGUGCAAACCCGCUCACCACUCUAUAUAGGCGGAUUGCCAGAGUCUGCACCCAGUGGCUCACUGAUGUCGCGGGAAAACUUCAAGGGCUGCAUUCGCCACGUUUCCAUUCGAAAUGAGAGACGCGACUGGAUCGAGAUGGAGGAUCUGAGGAACGUGCUCCUCAGCGAGUGCCUUGUGUCCAGCGAUGACAGUUGAAGAUCGGACUUAAAGACCGCUUUCCGUGCGCUUCUGGUUCCUGUUGACGCCACACCAAAACUUUUUCCAAAUGAAUUGUGAUCAGUAACGAGUUUAGAGCCAGUUAUUUAGAGCCCUUCACUGCCAUAUAAGUUAGAUUACUCUACUAUUUAAGGAUUAUUUUUAACGACAAACUUUAUUGCCAGUGACUGCAUUUUGUACUUCGCAAUCUGAAUUAUAAUUUAUUUCGCCUAUUUAUAGAGUUCAUUACUUUGUUUAUUAUUUAUUUUAUGUUUUAAAAGAGGCUUCAACUUGUUUAAAAUUUGGUUUUUACGAAUCUCCUGCUUGUACAGUGCGCAACGAAAUUUACUUAAGUAGCAAUAACUUUCAUUAUUUUCAUUUGUACAUAGAACUGCCAUUUAGUUUGUAUUCAAUAUAGUACAUGUAGUAUUCCCAUAUUAUUAAAUUAAAUAAAAACCUAUUAUUUUAAAGAAA